AUCACAGCACUCAACUCAAAUCGCAAGAUGGAGUCUAUCACCUCAGCUGGUGGACUUCCACCUGAUUUGUUCGACGCAACAACUUUGCAAAGCCUUGCGUCUGUGGUCGUGAUACUUUCAAUCGCAUAUGGCACGUCUCUAAAGGCCUUGUCACCGACAACGCCCGGAUCCCUUCGUUUUCUGUUCAUCUGGCACAUGUUCGACGCGUUGAUCCACUUCGCGCUAGAAGGUAGCUUUCUCUACCACUGCUUUUUCAGCUGGCUGCCGGUGUCCGACCUUACCUUGAAGCAAGUGGCCCAGUUCUACCCGACACCGACCAACUUCCUCGGGACUUCAGACCGAAUCUAUGGUUCUCAGGCUGGUGAUGGCUUUUGGGCGAACCUGUGGAUGGUCUACGCCAAGGCGGACAAGCGGUGGGCUGGAGCUGACUUGGCUGUCAUCAGCCUUGAACUUCUCACCGUUUUCGUGGUCGGCCCAAUGGCAGUCUGGGUAUGCUACGACAUUGCCAAGAAGAAUCCCCGUUACAACAUCACCAUGAUCAUGUUGGCAACUGCAGAGCUUUAUGGAGGAUUUAUGACCUUCUGCCCAGAGUGGUUGACCGGCAACAUUAACCUCGACUGCAGUAACUUCAUGUAUCUCUGGCUUUACCUUGUCUUUUUCAACAUGCUCUGGGUGUUUAUCCCGAUCUACUCAAUCUAUAUCGGCUGCAAAGACAUUUUCGAUGCAUUUUCCGUCCGGGCUGCAGCUGGACAGGUCAAGAAGAAGCAGAAGUGA